CAAAAUGGAUAAUGGGUAUACCCCAAUCACGCCUGGAAAAUUAAUAGGUGUCCAUUUUAUUCUUUAUCUACUAGCUUGAAAGGAAAUUGAGAUUUAACUUACAAAAGAAGGGAUUAGCAGGAACGCGGCUAAGGAAUGGGUGGAUUAAGCACAGAAGGGAGAAGACAAGGGUUUAAGAGAUUAGCAAUAUCAGACCAACAAAGGAGAAGAGAAAUAGCAUUACUUCGUCAAUCUCAACAAAGAAGAGAUUCUCAAAAUCAAGCUCGUUCUUUAGCUUCUUCUGUUAUUUCUCUUCCGACCCCAUCUCAACAUAAUAAUCAACAACAAGAAGAACAACCCAUUCAUGAAGAAUUAGAAGAACCAGAAGCUGAAUCGUCAUCAUCAACUAGGGAUUUUGAUGUACUCGGAGCUUCUAAACUUAAAGGAGCUGAAGCGCGUAAAUGGUUUUCUCGUCAACUCAUGCUUCCUGAAUGGAUGAUUGAUAUCCCUCCUCGUUUAAAUCAUGAUUGGUAUGUUUACGCAAGACCAUCUGGUAAACGAUGCUUUGUGGUUUCUUCUGAUGGAACAACAGUUAGUAGGCUUCGCAAUGGUUCGAUCUUACAUCAUUUCCCAUCUGUCUUGCCAAAUGGAGCCAGGACAAGGGAUAAUUCUGGUUCUGCGCAGUCUUACUGUCUCCUGGACUGCAUAUUUCAUGAGCAUGAUCAAACUUACUACGUGAUUGAUAUGAUUUGUUGGAAAGGUUAUUCGUUAUACGACUGCACUGCUGAGUUCAGAUUUUUUUGGUUGAACUCCAAGCUUGUGGAGACUGGGGCUUGUAAUACACCGUCAAUGUAUCAUAAAUAUAAAUUCAGUGUUGUUCCCAUCUAUGACUGUGAGCAGAUGGGUUUGCAGACAGCAUAUAUGGGUACUGUACCAUAUGUCAAAGAUGGACUGUCGUUUUACAACAAGCAUGCCCAUUAUCAUACAGGAACUACACCACUAGCAUUAGUCUGGAAAGAUGACAAUUGUAGCCAAUACGUAAUUGACACAGAUAGUAAAGGACAAAUUCCUCCUCAUCAACAGGUGGUUUUGAUCUUGAAUGAAGAUGGAAGUCUUACUACAUCAGAUGAUCCUCCAAUUGUCUUUGGGUGCUUAAGUCAGGAGUUUAUCCUAAAGUCUGAUCUUAAACCAGGAAAUUUUCUGCGUUUUACAAUUGGUGAUGGAGGCAUGUCUUUUGUUGAUGGGAAACUUGAAAGGGCUGAUUUACACUACACCAACCAGGCUUACCAUGCACGUGCUUCUGCAGACAGUUAUUCUAAGAUCCUGUUUCAGUACACUGCCCGGCAUUCUCCCUUAAAAAUUGAAGACCUAGUUGCAUCCCUGGGUUCCUCGGAGGAUGUAGCGGAGGAAGCCAAAGAUGUGGAGAUGAUCGGAUGACAAAGAUGCAAUGGCGGGUGUCAUUUUUUUUUACCAGCCAUGCCUCCAUGUUGUUUUUACAAUACCCUCGUAGAUAACAGGGCGUCUCUCCAGUUACUUCUGUUUUUUUGAAGCAAUCUCUCCAGUUACUGUCAGAGAAGGAAGGACUAACUUUUGAAGAAAAGAAUCUGUAAUGUAAAAAAUUUGAGUGUUUUAAAUAUCUUCAAUUGUAAUCUGUGCUUCCUCAUUUUAGGAAAAUCAUCUCUAGUUAUCUAUACAAGUUGUUCAGUUGGGAGACAUUAAUUGGCACUAACAUGAUGUCCUUACCGUAAUUUUGGGCAUAAAUUUUUUUCCUGA